AUGGAGUGGCCUAACCAGUCUCUGGACCUUAAUCCCAUAGAAAAUUUGUGGAGGGAGCUGAAGCUUCGAGUUGCCAAACAUCAGCCUCGAUACCUGAAGGAUUUGGAGAGGAUCUGCACAGAGGAGUGGACCAAAAUCCCUCCUGAGAUUGUGCGCAAACCUGAAGUGCUGCUAUCUGUGGUGGACAGUAAAGGAACUUUCUAUGGAGGCCAUGUCAAUCCUUUCUAUGGAAACAGAUACAACCUGUACAAGGCUGGACUCAACCCUCACCAUUCACCAAACAAGCCCAUGACCCGUCACAAAAACCACUGUGCCUACGUGGUCCAGAAGAACAUCACAUGCACCAUGCAGGAUGGAGUGGCUACCUACGUGAAGGCUGAGUACACCACCAAGUGCAUCUGGGGUCAGAAAUGUCCUGUUGUCAUGUACAGGACAUUCUACAAGCCAAAGUACAAGGUGGGUUUUAAAACGGUGAGUGAGCUGGAGUGGAGAUGUUGUCCCGGCUACUCUGGAGAAAACUGCUAUGAUGGACCUACGUCAUUGCCUGACGUCAUGAUGCCACCUUUUAAGGGUGGGGUAUUGCCCCAUCGCCCAGGACUGAAGGGCUUCCCCCAUGGCCCUAGACCCCCUGUGGACCACAGGCCUGGAGGAGGCCAGCUGGAGCCUGGUAAACCCUUCCCCGGCGUGCCUGACCACAGACUAAUCCCGACAGGACAGCUACCUGCUGGAAACAAAUUUGGGAUUUCAGGAGUGACCGGUGAACGUUUGGACCGUAUGGAGGAGGACCUGCGUCGCCUCACCCACGGUCUAGACACUCUCAAUGGGGUGGUGGUCGGCCUUGAGGAGCGACUGCGCACAUCUCUCCGAGAAGACGCCAACAAAUUCCUGGUGUCCCUGCUACCAAACGUUCCCCGUGUGCCAGACUCUACAGUGGGAUUUGGGGUGAUCCCAGAUGGGACUCCUGAUGGACUGGAAGGAGAAGAAAGCUUCACUGGAUUUGGAGAUUUAGCAGGGAGGGUGACAGAAGUGAAGGAUGACCUGCGAGCCAAAACCCACAUCUUAGAGGAGAUUCAGGGGAUGGUCCUGGGUCAUGAUGGACAGCUGAAGAGGCUGUUGGACGGAGCUAGAGGCAGGCCCAUAAUUGGCCCCAGCUCCACUAUUCUUGUGGAAGAGAUCCUGGACGCCAAGCUGGCCGGCGUGAGGGCUGAGAUCUUGGAUGGCUUUGAGCGCCGUUUGACCGGUCUGGAGAGCCACUGUGACGAGAAGAUUGGCGCGGUGAAGAACCAGUGCCAUAGGGAUCACAUGGAUGGCCAGGAGCAGAUGCAGCAGUCUCUGGAUGGAAAAGAGACCGGGCUCAGGGAGGAGUUGGGCUCUUUGCAUGCUCAGAUUCAGGGCCUAACUCUCACUGAGAGCUGCUGUGGACAGGUAAACAGUCUGUCCCACCGUGUGCUGCUGCUGGAGGAGUCAGUUAAAGGUUUGACAGAAUCUCAGAGACUGCUCCAGACUGCCCUUACUGACCAGAGCAUACACGUGGAGACACUGAUCGAGACCCGCCUGGUGGACAUGGAGGGCCGCCUCAAUGCCACAGAGGUUGGACCUGAUGGAGUAGCAGGGCUCCCUGGUGGUCUGGAUGGCUUCAAGACCAUAUUGGAAGACAAGCUGAAGACCCUGGAGGAGAGAUUAUUUGUGGCCGUUGAGGAGCUUAGUAAUGCCACUGCUCCGGCACUCCUGGAGGGUCAGGUGGUCCCGGCACUGGAGACAGAGAUCGAGUCUGUGAGGAGGAGAGUGGAGGGAGACCUAGAUGGCAUUCAGAAACAAUUACUAGAUCUGGAGAUCCUCUGCACCUCCUCUUGCUCGCCCUCCACCCCGCCAGCAGGGGGUGUAACUAUCACUGAAGUAGAGGAGGAGUGUGAAGAGAUGGAGAAGAAGAUGACUGACCGCCUCGACACCCAUUCUAACAAGCUAGACCACCUAAACAAAACCCUGCAUCACCUGCUCUUCCAUAUUGCCCAGGAGGACACAGAGGGCACCGUCCAAGGGGAGAUCACCCUGCUGAAGGUCAACAUUAACUCUGUGAACCGCACUCUGAAGGGCCUAAAGGACUCUAUUAGAUUCAUUGCAGGUGAAGUGGGCCACGCUAACGCCUCCUGGGAGCACAGAGAGCACCAGAUAGUCAAUCAGGUGCAAGGAAUCACCAAACUAGUCGGCCACCAAGCCUCCCUCCUGGGGGCCGGGGAGAGGCGGCUGGCCCAGUUGAAGGGAGAGCUAGUUGCCUUGAAGAGAAGGCUAGCUGGGGAGCUGCAGGGCUGCCGGAGCACAGCAAUAGAAGUACAGAAGGAGGUGAAGGACGUUGAUAGCAGGGUGAGCCAUGUAGAGGGCCAGUGCAGCAGCCUAGGGGAGCUGGCAGAGCACCUAGAGAGGAUCAGGGCAGAGCUUGAGAGACACUCAGACUCCUAUCUUGCCGAGGUGAAUGGCACCCUGGCCGUCCAUUCAGAACAGUUAGCUGAGCUGAAGGGGGAGGUCAAAGACUGCAACAAGUAAGCAGCCAUCCAAAAAGGAGACCAGUAGCAUCUGAGCUACAGCAUUUUUUCAAAAGAGACUUGUGUGUGCUUCUCAUUAGGUUCAAGUGACUUCCUCUGCUUCUCUCCUCUCUCUUUCAAAUCCCAUCUGCACGAAUGCAAAUUAACUGAACCGGCGAAAGCCAUUUCCUAUAAGUUCCCCCACCCCAGUGCCUCCAGAGGUCCUGGGUAUUUAGCUUAGUCAAGUAUGGAGAGGAAGUCACAGAAUACAAAGACACACCUAUGGUUGUAUAGCUGGGCAAUAUUUCCCCUUGAGAUUUUAUUCUAUAGGGCAUUUGUUUUCUUCUCUGAUCAUGAUUGUUUUGUUUUCACAUUUUAUCUUUUUUAACUUAUAUGAAGUGAAUGCAUUGUUAUGAUGUUAAACUGUUUGUAUUGGAGAAAUGAUUAAACAAAUGGAUGAUAUGGGACUAAUACGCUGCUACGGGUUUUUUACUGAUAAGCCCACUUGACAUCCUCU